AUGGCCUCUACGCCCUUUGAGGAGCAGUUCCGUUGCUGUAUCUGUAUUGAUAUCUACACCGACCCCGUCUCCAUCCCAUGUGGACACAACUUCUGUCUGGACUGCAUCGAAGGCUACUGGGAUACGAAGGACAAGGCAGAGUGUCCACUUUGCAAAACGGCAUUUAGAGGCCGCCCCGACCUCAGGAUCAACCACAACUUUGCUGAUAUCAUUGAAUUCUUCAAAAGGUUUCAAGAGGAGGAUGUCAACAUUGAAGAGCAACAACUUCACGAGGGUGAUGAUGUUCCCUGUGAUAUUUGUCACGGAAACAAGUUAACGGCGGUAAAAUCAUGCCUCAUCUGCCAGGCGUCUUACUGUGAAACUCACCUCACAUCUCACCUGAGGGAUCCGGCCCUGCAGAGACACCGGUUGACGGAUCCAGCCACUUUCACCACCAGUCACCUGUGCAGAACUCACAACAAGCCUCUGGAGAUGUUCUGCAAGAAAGACCAGACACCUGUGUGCGAAGAAUGUGCAAAUAGGGAGCAUAAAUCCCACAAGAUCGUUCCCAUAGAGAAGGAGAGCAAGAGGAUCAAGGCUCUUUUGAAGCAAACAAAGUCCGACAUUCAACAGCUGAACCAGGCUAGACUGACAAAAAUAGAAGAAAUCAAACGUUCAAUGGACCUAAGCAAAAAAAUCACAGAGGAAGAGAUACAAAGCAGUGAUGAGGUCUGCACCAUGCUGAUUAGCGCCAUUGAGAAACACCAAGCCACUGUCGUCGCAGAGCUCAAGCAAAAGCAGGAAGAAGCUGAAACGAGAGCAAAGGAACUGCUUCAUGGGCUGGAGCAAGAAAUCAAUGACCUGCAGACGAGAAACAGCGAGCUACAGCACCUGGAGCUCACCCGGAACCCUCUUCACCUCCUACAGAGCUUUUCAUAUCUAAGUAGACUCCCAUCUACCAGAGACUGGUCUGAGGUCCCAGUCCACUCAGAUAAUUGCAUGGGGACAGUGAGGAGAGCCAUGUCUAAGCUGGUGGACAUCAUCCAGGAGAUUGCAAACACACUGUCUGCAGCAGAAGCAGACAAGAUGAAUGAAUACACAGUCGAUGUCACUUUGGAUCCUGUGACUGCUUCAGGCUGGCUGGCCCUGUCUCCAGAUGGAAAAAAGGUGAGCAUCGGCUGCCAGACAAAGAAGAUCUCACUCCCAGACAGUCCUCAGCGGUUUGACUCCUGCGUUUGUGUUUUGGGGAAACAAAACUUUGCAUCUGGAAGACGCUACUGGGUGGUUCAGGUUGGUGAUAAAACAGACUGGGAUCUGGGCGUGGCCAGGGAGUCCAUCAACAGGAAGGGGGCCAUCAAGGUGCGUCCCAGCAGCGGUUACUGGGCGAUCUGCCGGCGGAAAGGUGGCAACUUGAGUGUCUGCACCAGCCCCUCCGUCACCAUCCACCUCAAACAAGCCCCUCGGAAAGUGGGCAUCUUCCUGGACUACGAGGACGGGAUGAUCUCCUUCUUCGACGCAGAAGCAAAGACUCACAUUUAUACUUACAAAGGGUGCACCUUCACUGAAUCUCUUUACCCGUACUUUAAUCCUUGUGUUCAAGACAAUGGGAAGAACAGCGCCCCCUUGGUGAUUUGUAGUGUUUAG